GAGGUGGAGCUUGGACGCGCUCGUCUUGUUCCGCACUCACCGCUCUGUGGUCGCGUUAACACGUCUGAUCGUCCGAUACUUAGGGGGAAGUGAGUCAUUAGUAUGGAGUGAAAUGAAAUGAUCACAUAACGGCGUCUCUGGACUCCACCGUUUCCUCUCGUUGUCUCCGCUCACACCGGACCGCAAUGCCGCCACAGCGCGUAUUCGCCCUGCCGAGGCAACAAUCUCUGCUGCUGCCUGCGGUCAUCAACCCGUUUAUUCAAGACACCAAGCUCACCAAAGCUGCUAUAAUAAAAUGUGUCCUCCUUGGAAUCGUCCUGGUCCCUAUUCGCGCCAUCCUCAUCUCCCUGGUUCUGAUGGUGACAUGGCCAGUGGCUGUCCUAAUAACCCUCAACCAUCCUCUGAGAGGAGCAGUGGAACCAAUGACAGGCUGGAGACGGUUCAUGUGUCGGAGAGUGAUGGGAGCUUUGGGGAGGACCUACUACUUCUGCAUGGGCUUCAGAGUGGUGGUCAAGGGCAAGCAAGUCGACAGCAGCGAGGCCCCCAUCCUGGCUGUGGCCCCGCACUCCACCUUUUUUGAUGGGAUUGUGUGCAUUGUUGCGGGCCUGCCCUCCACCGUCUCGCGUGUUGAGAACCUGGCCACACCCAUCUUUGGCAGGUUUGUGCGCUGUCUUCAGCCAGUGCUGGUGUCCAGAAAGGACCCAGACUCCAGGAAGAAUACGAUCCAGGAGAUUGAAAGCAGAGCCAAGUCAGGAGGCCGCUGGCCACAGGUUCUGAUAUUUCCGGAGGGAACAUGUACAAAUCGCUCAUGUCUCAUCACUUUCAAACAAGGUGCUUUUAUCCCCGGGGUCCCUGUGCAGCCUGUGAUUAUGAGAUAUCCCAACAAACUGGAUACAGUGUCUUGGACUUGGCAGGGGUUCAGCUCGAAGACACUACUGCUUCUAACUCUGUGCCAGCCGUACACCACAGUAGAGAUAGAGUUCCUGCCAACACAUAUCCCAACAGAGGAGGAGAAGAAAAGCCCUCCUCUGUUUGCUAGCAGAGUGCGAGAAACUAUGGCCCAGUCUUUGGGGGUUCCAGUGACAGACCACACAUACGAAGACUGCCGCCUGAUGAUCUCGGCUGGUGAGCUAACGCUGCCCAUGGAGGCCGGCCUGGUUGAGUUCACCAAAAUUAGUCGGAAACUCGGUCUGAAGUGGGACAAUGUGAGAAAGGAUCUGGAGAGCUUCGCUGCCAUGGCGCGCUCUUGUAAAGGGGGACGGAUCACCAUCGAGGAGUUUGCCGGAUUCCUGAAGCUGCCCGUCAACCCGGCCCUCGAGGAGCUGUUUGCAUUGUUUGACAGGAACGGAGACGGCACCAUAGACUUCAGAGAGUAUGUGAUCGGCGUGACCAUCUUGUGUCGACCAGCUAACACAGAGGAUACCCUUCGAAUGGCUUUCCAGCUGUUCGAUAUAGAUAAGGAUGAGAAAAUCACACGAGAGGAAUUUACUGCUCUGCUGCGCUCAGCUCUGGGUGUAUCCAAUAUUAACAUGGCCAAACUCUUCAAGGAGAUUGAUGCUGACCGCUCUGGUUUCAUCACCUUCACUGAAUUUCACGACUUUGCCAUGACCCACCCGGAGUACGCCAAGCUCUUCUCCACCUACCUGGAGCUUCAGAGAUACCAAGCUAUCCAGGAGGCGAGUCCAGGUGAUCUGGAAUUAGCCGAUCAGACCAGUUCAGCUGAAAAACAGGAAGACAGCACCUCUGACAAAAAAGAUGACUGAGACUGAGGAUGACUGAGAAUUCUCUUCGACUGCUCUGAGUCUGAACACUGUAUCCACUGCACAAAAGGAAAAAGCAUAAGUGUCAUCUGCCUUCUGACUUUGAGCAGAUUCAAGUCAUUUGCUACAUUUGCAGAUCCACAUUGUAGGUCAUGUGCUUGCCUUUUUAUAGAUAGUAUUUAGAGUGCUUCUAUUUUCAAUUUUAGUGCCUUAUACAGAUUUCAAAGAACCACUUCCCCAAGUCACUAAACAAGAAAUGUCGUAUUGCAGACUUUUAAAUCCCUAAAGUUUUGUGUGUGGGUGUGUUUUGGUAUGUUCAUAUUAAAAAAAUAAAUAAUAAUAAUUAAGAGUUAGUCUUAAAAUGGAGUUUUGUCAGAAAAAUCACAUUGGCACUCAGUUUUAAAGGUGCUAAAUUCAAAAUUCUGAGCAAUAACAGCAGCAAACAACCAUUCGCUAUGUAAAGAUAUAAUAGAGUAAUGGCGUCCUGAGCAAAGAAUGAAGACACACUUAUACUGUAGAUGUUGUAAUCGGAGUUUCUCUAGCCAGUAGCCAGUUCGCUAGCGGACAUGUUAGUGCAUGUUAAUCCCAGUGUGCUCAUACGGCGGUUACGGCUAAUAACGCCUUCCUGACCUGCCCCAUUGUCGCAAAAGCAUAACGCCUACCCGCCGGUUUCACCCCCAGGUUAACACUCUUAGCUCUGUAAUCACUGUUGCUGUUGUUUCCACUGUUAGCACUGUUAGCUCCUAGAAGCCGGUUCAGAGGUUGCCAUGUUGAGAGCCCUGUGGAGGCAAUCCUUCAUCAUAGACAUGCCCUGGAUUUCGAAUUAAGCGUCCUUUAACAUUAGAAGCUCUGCAAUCUUUAGAGUUCUAAAGUUAGAGACAGCUUUUUAUGAUAUACUUAAACUGAAUUGCCAUGUUUUUGACUUAGAUAAAUCAUUUUCUGUAUCCUGAGUUAACCCUUGCUUGGACUAAGAUGAACGUAGCUUUUGGUACCUUCUCCUUUGUCUUUGUGGUCCUCUGUAAAUGAGUAGAAGAAAAAUUGCCAAACCAACACCUUUUUAAAUAUAAGCAAAGAGUCCACGUGCUUCUGUGUUGCAGUUUAAUUAGUGUACAGUAUGCUUUAUUAAGAUCUCUCCAAUCUGGAAAAGCCACAGAUGUUCUGUAUUAAAACUAUGUCUACAAUGAGCAUACAUGCUGUGCAUUACACUUUUUUUCAGUGCUCAGGGACACAGACUGUGUAAGACGGCUGUAUAAUUAGCCAGAGGUUUGCUUUGCAUGUGUAUCUAUUUGCAUUUCUACUGAAGACCGUUGUUGCUGAGACAGCAGCAUGUCUAUGUAGUUUUUAGUUUACUAAAGCAAAUCAACCACAGAAAAUAGGGCAAUUUGUGAGCAAAAAGGCAACAGUGCUUCUUCACAACAGCAUAUCCCAGCGGGGUAUGCUUUCAGAUUAACUAGCGGCACUGUUAUUUAUCUAGCAAGGCGCAUUGCAAUUAUGUGAAUAUUUUUUCUUUUUUUGUUAACACUGCAAAGUUUGCUUUUUAAAAUAAAACAAAGAGUACAAUUUUAAUCUUGCCUGCAUUUGUAUAUUUACAACUGAGGGAACUAAUGACUUCCAUAGGUUUUGUCUUUAAUGAAGCAUAGGUGCACCAAAGGGGAUAUGGAAGUAUCUCUGGUUCUCUAAACCACCACCAGGUGCCAGUAGUUACCUGCAAUAAUUCCAUUAUUGUUUGCUGUAUCACUUUGAAUUUUACCCCUUGUGACAUUUGGGCCUGUAUUUUAAGUUAACAAUAGAACUAUAGAACAAUGAGGAUAAAGUUAAAAUCAGAUUUAUGGUAAAUGUAUUGGUGAGGGUAAGAGAAUGCAUGAGCGUGCAAAUGUUGCAAUUAAUCAUAAGGCACUGAAACUGAAGAUAAUGCAUGAUAUGAAUGAGUUCUGUCAUCAUGUUUAUACUUUAAGCAGACAAUUUAAUUUUAAUUUUUUUUUUGUUAUUAUGACUUUUGUGCUAUACUUGCUCAAUUUAUCUGCAUUGUACUUUUUUGGCUUUUUUGUGAUCCAAUCAGUUUUCAUUGUAAGGGAGGAAGAAGACUAAAUCAUUGACAUAUGCAGUAUUUGUGCUAAUGGGACAUAAAUAAACACGAUAAAAUGAGCAUGUGAGACUUGGAGAGCAAUGAAAUGUAUGUGUUGAUUCUUUACCAUGUGAAAGUUUCUAUGUACCAUAUGUGCUUUUUCUAGUUUUAAGGUAAUUUCUUCCCUCAUUAGUGUUCUAGUUAUUUCUUAAACCUGGUGUGGUGGGUUCUGACUUAUUUUACCUACAUUUCAACCUGGAUACUGUAAUCUCAUCGAUACCAAUGCAAUGAAGUUUUUUAAUCUAUUAUUAUUCAAUUUGUGCAUUUUCACUCCAUAACAAAGACCAAGUGUAUAUAAGUAAAUAAUAAUGAUAUCAAAAAAAUCUGUUUACAGGGUGUUGCAUCAAUAUUAAUCAAUAAAUCUCCAGUCGGUGGUGGGGACAGUUAUGGUGGAGGUUUUGGUUAAGGAGAUAAGUGGGUCUAGUUUUAACAGUUGUUUCAU